AUGUUCCCCCCGUCGCCGAGCUUCACCGAGGCAGGGAAGUCCCUGUCCAUGGAGCUCGCCCCCACGGUGGCUAUCCACGGGGCCACGUUGGUGAGGCUGCUCGGAUCCGGCCCGGAGUUCCCCGCCGAGCAGGCGACGAAGACCCCCUUCUCCAUGGCGCCGAAUGCCGCCACCGAGAGGCUGUCCCGGUGGUACGACGACACCCCCCCGCCGAGCGAGAUGGACACGACGUCCACCCCGUCGGCCACGGCCCUAUCCACCGCCGACAGUAUGUCGGAGCUGAAGCACCCGCCGGCCCAGCAGACCUUGUAG